AUGGAGUAAUAGUAAUCAGAUCAAUCACAGCAUUAGCAACCACAAAGCACUUAAUCAAAUAAUACUGAAUAAAAUGCUACCCCCAAAAUUUAAAUAGACUUGGAUAGAUAUAGGAGAAAGUAGCAAAUCAUUGAUGAUGCAGAAACUCAAAGAAAAAUAGAUCUAAAAAAUGUCUAGAAAAAGCCUCAUCCAGGUUUCAAGCCUCCCUCUCUUUCAGCCCAAUAGCAAUUUGAAGAGUCUCAAAGAAAAUAAUAGUUAUAAAGAGAAUAAUUAACUGAGGAGUAAAAAGAACAUUAUAGACAGUAGGAUAAGUAUUUCGCAGAUAGAGUUAAUGCAAUGAGUGCACCAAACUUCUCUUACCUUGACAUUUUCGAGUAGCAAGCAGUGGAGCGAAAGAGAGCUUAAGAUGAGUUUUACAAGUACAAAGAUGAGGAAGAGUCUAAAUACGAGUAAAACAAGCCUGCUAUGUUUAGGAAAAAUGUCAAGGUCCUUGAUGAAGCGGAUCAAGAGGAUUAAACAAAGCAACUAGACUGGAAAGCAUAGGAGUUUGAAGCACAUAAGAAACUUCAGAAGGAUUUAGACAUGGACUUUGACCCAGACACCAAGUCGCAAGAUGAACUGAGAGAGUUUUUCAAAGUAUCUAAGGACAAAGAUGCUGUCAAGUACAUGAAUGAACAGAUAUUUGAGUACUUGUAUGAAAGACUGAGAGAUAGACAAAUCAAAUUCUAUGCAUUCCUGAAUAAAGAAUUUAAUGUGAUGAACUUUAAGAGUGCCAGAUGCAGCAUGCAUUGCUUUGAUAGCAUAGACAGGAGUGUCAGCUAAGUCAACGACUGCCUCAAACUGUGCAGAGAGGGCAUUAGUGGAUGCAAAACCUACGCUUAUAAAUUAUAGAAGAAGGCUGAGGAUGAUGUAUAGACUUGCUAAAACGAGGCAAAAGAUGUGAAGAAGUUGACCGAUCCCAUCAUUCAUUGGAUUUCUUGCUAUGAAAAAUUGAUAUUAAGAUUUGACAGUAUGGAACAAGAAAUCACAUCUGAAUUCAGCAACUUUAUAUGA